AUUUUCCCAGCUGCUGUUGCUGCCACCAACCAAACUUCCUGAACACCACCAACACACACAGCGCCAGUGGCUUGAGGGAUGAACGCGUUGGUGGAGCAAGUGCUGGAGAUGGAGGUGGUGGGCAGUGAGGUGAAGGCUGCUGCCUUGAACCAUGCCGUUGAGGCGCACCGCGCUGCUUUGCCGCUACUGUGUUCCAUCUACAACACCAUCACGGAUGUGGAUGGACUGGUGGACUUGUACUGGAACUCGGAUGCAAUGGCUGUGGCUGUGGUUGGCUUCAUGGCGUCUGCUCUCUUCUGCAUCAUUGCAGGUCCCUUGACGGGCGACUACAGCUGGGUGGACCGCAUGUGGUCCCUUUGGCCUGGUCUGUACACAUGGCACUUUGCUGUUCGCUCAGACUACGACUCGCGUCUCGUGAUCAUGGCAAGCCUGGCUACGCUCUGGUCGGUUCGCCUCACCUACAACUUUGCCCGCAAAGGCGGGUACAAGCUUGGGCACGAGGACUACCGCUGGCCAGAGCUGCGCAAGCGCAUGCCGCCACUGGCGUUCCAGGUCUUCAACGUCUUCUUCAUCAGCAUCUUCCAGCACUACCUCCUGCUCAUGUUUGUGUCUUCGUCCUACGUGGCGUAUCUUGGCCGCGGCACCGACCUGACUCUAGUUGACAUGGCCGCAGCCGUUCUCUUCUUCGUCUUCUUCCUCAUCGAAACCAUCAGCGACGAGCAGCAGUGGGCGUUCCAGACGCGAAAGCACGCCAUGCAGCCGCAGGAGCGGACCGGCGAUUUCGCCCGCGGUUUUCUCACGCGCGGCCUCUUCAGAUACAGCAGGCACCCAAACUUCUUCGCAGAGCAGUGUCUGUGGUGGAGCUUCUACUUGUUUGCUGUCGGUGUGUCUGGGCAGGUGCUCGGCUGGGCCGUCGUCGGCCCUCUUGUCCUCUCCCUCCUCUUCCAGGGCUCCACCCAGUUUACAGAAGAACUCUCCCUCGCAAAGUACCCUGCGUAUGCGCGCUACCAGCAGACCACAUCACGCCUCAUCCCCUGUGCGCCGGGACCAGAUAUGGACAGCAUUGACGAGGACAAGAAGACACAGUGAUGGAGAGAGUCAUGCGACGGGGAUGAUAUGGGUGAUGUGGCAUGUGACAUGUGAAAUGCGAGGUGUGGUGUUUGAUGUGUGUGACAGUGAAACACACGCAAUUGUGUGGCGGGCGCGUGUGUCGGGUUUGUUGUAUGGCGUGUUUUCAAUGCUGGUCGCGCUGUCACACAAGAGACGAAAACAGGCAUUCCUGUUCGUUUGAGCCAUUGUGUGAUCAGUACGCACUUGUCUUUGCUUUGUGUCUGAUUGGCUUUCACAGCCCUUUUCUUCCUUGUGUAUGCUGAAUGAAUGAACCAAACAUAUUGCCA